AUGACAGCUCGCUCCCAGAAGAAGUGGGUCAUCCGAGACUUCAAGCGCCUCGUCACCAGCGUCAUCUUCCUCAUCAAGCGCGCUGUCGUCCGGCGAGGCCUCCGACUGGACAAGGACGAGACGGUAGAGCAGUUCAACGUCCGAGUCCUCAUGGCCGCCUUCCUCGUCGUCAACCGACCCGGCAGCUGCUUCGAGAGCAUCGGCCACCUCGAGAAACAAGUGCAGCAUGCCGCCGCCGACCUCGUCACUACCUUGAGGCACAUCUGCUCGAGCAUUGAGAGCUCUCGCGCUCAGCCUCUCACACAGCAUGAUUGGAGCUCGUGGAGGCCCUUCCUCAAGCAGCUCAACGUCUACCUCGCUCGCUUCAAGGACUGGAAAGUCCCGGACGAGUACAAGCUUACCGAGCGCAUCAAGCAUGCGCUUCUCGCCCUCUACCGCGCGGAGUCACACCUCCGCCCUGACGCCCAGGAGUACAUGUCUAUGAAGGAGGAGUUCCGAGCGCAGAAGGCGAAGCUCCGAGCCAAGUUGCUACAGAUCGCAGGAGCCCAGGUGCUGGAGAGCUUCGACGAGGCGCUGAGACAGCAAGGCUUCACUGCGGUCGACGCGGAGCCGUCGGAGGAGGCAGCAUCGUCCUCCUCGCAAGGGGCCGGGAGCAGCUCGAGGCCAGCAGAGCUACCGUCCUCGACGAAUGCGUCCGGGCUGUCUUCGCUGCCCGGCCGGAUGACCAACGAGCAGCUGGCACAUGAGCUGCUGCUGGAUCCCGCCUUCAAGCUCACCGAGCGCAUCAAGCAUGCGCUUCUCGCCCUCUACCGCGCGGAGUCACACCUCAGCCCUUACGCCCAGGAGUACAUGUCUAUGAAGGAGGAGUUCCGAGCGCAGAAGGCGAAGCUCCGAGCCAAGUUGCUACAGAUCGCAGGAGCCCAGGUGCUGGAGAGCUUCGACGAGGCGCUAAGGCAGCAAGGCUUCACUGCGGUCGACGCGGAGCCGUCGGAGGAGGCAGCAUCGUCCUCCUCGCAAGGGGCCGGGAGCAGCUCAAGGCCAGCAGAGCUACCGUCCUCGACGAAUGCGUCCGGGCUGUCUUCGCUGCCCGGCCGGAUGACCAACGAGCAGCUGGCGCACGAGCUGCUACUGGAUCCCACCUUCAAGCUCGACGAGCACGAGCCGCUACUGGAUCCCGCCUUCAAGCUCACCGAGCCUAUGAAGGAGGAGUUCCGAGCGCAGAAGGCGAAGCUCCGAGCCAAGUUGCUACAGAUCGCAGGAGCCCAGGUGCUGGAGAGCUUCGACGAGGCGCUAAGGCAGCAAGGCUUCACUGCGGUCGACGCGGAGCCGUCGGAGGAGGCAGCAUCGUCCUCCUCGCAAGGGGCCGGGAGCAGCUCAAGGCCAGCAGAGCUACCGUCCUCGACGAAUGCGUCCGGGCUGUCUUCGCUGCCCGGCCGGAUGACCAACGAGCAGCUGGCGCCAAACAUUCCCAGGAUGUCGUUCAACCUGGAUCAACCGACAGGUAAACGACGUUACAGAGCAUUAGUUACCAAUGUUGAUUCUGCCAGCUCCCGAGUGAAAUCAUGUAUUGCCAAGGCAAAAGCUCACAGGGAAAGCACUAUUCAGUUCAAGAAUGUCAUCACUCAAGUUUUGGACAUGAGCAUCGUGAAGGUUGCGUUGAAAGAGCUCGAGAAGCAGAAAAUCACAUUGAGUUCUUUCUUCAUGGAGAAGGCAGUCGUCGAGAUUAAAUCGAAAGUUGAUACAACGCACAUCACACCCGCUACUCCACAGAACAAGGCUACAACUGGUUCACAGACGGGCAGCAUUCCUAAGAAUCAGCGCACCAUCGAAAACUGUCCCAUCGAUGAUGAUAGGGAGGAGCGCGUCAAGGCAGCGACGUCGAGCUUCGAGGCCGAGCUGUCAGCGGCAGAGAAGGAGCUCAUCGCCUCUUGCCUGUCGCCCAGCCAGCCGUCAGCGUACUCGAGGGAGAUGCUGGAGAGGCUUCUUGAGGUGCCUGCGAUGGUCUUGGAGAAGAGCUACGGGCCGAUGGAGGAGCGAUGGCUGCGGCUGGUGUCAGCGGACGGGAGCAAGGCCGAGUCGGAUGUGCCGCAGUCGCCGUUUGUGAGGAACGUGUACGAGCGAGUUGUGAGGAACGCGAGGAGGGUGCGGAAGGUGAUCAGCUUGAACCGCAAGGUGCACUACGACAGGUACAACCAGAUGAUCUUGGCGGGGAGCCAGCAGGUGCUAUCAGAUUGCCAAGUUACUAGUUAUGAUAACUGA